AUGAGCUCUGAGUAUGAUAAGGCUCGUUGGUUCGAGCUUAUAAAAACAGGUAGCUUUGAAGAGGUCUCAAAUGAACUUCAAAAUUAUCCCAAAAAAUUCCUCCUUAGCCUUACUGACAACUCUCAAUCUCGCCAUACUUGUCUUUAUUAUAGUGCUCAGCAUCAAAAUAUUGAUAUUGGAAAUCAAAUUACUGAACUUUUACUUACAUCUUUCCUUAAUAAAUAUUAAAAUUCACAUUAAAAAAUAUUUUGUUUUUAUUAAAAGUAAUGCUAUUUGCUUAUUUUUGUCUGAUUUAUAUAUGAUGGAAAGUUAGAGAAGGUGCAGAUGCAAACUAUAAAGACGCACUUCAGCAAUCUGUCCUAUUCUAUGCCUCCCGGCAUGGCCAUGAUGUCCAAGUCGAAAUGCUUAUUAACGCUGGAGCAGAUCCCAAUGCAAGAGACGCAUAUGGCCAAUCACCUCUCUAUUACGCUUCAAGAGAAGGCCAUACUUCAACAGUUACAACUUUAAUAGCUCGAGGAGCAGAUGUAAAUCUGGUCGAUAAUUUAGGACAAACGCCAAUUUUCUAUUCUUGCCGUGAAGGAAAAUUUGAAGCUACACAAGCAUUGGUUGAAAAUGGAGCUAAUAUUAACCAUCAGGACAAGUCAAGGAACACUCCUUUAACCUGGGCUAAAAAAUCAAACAUAAAAAUCAUGAUUGAUUAUUUGAUAAGUAAAGGAGCUCUUGAUAAAGGAGGGAAAAAGAAAGAACCAGACGAAACGAAAAAAAAGGAAGAAAAGAGAAAAGGAGGCAAAAAAUUGAAGUGCCAGCUCAUGAUUGUUGACGAAAAAGGGGAGGAAAGGCCAAUUUCUCAAGAAGAGCUGAUGAAGUUUGAAGAAGACCAUCCUGAUAUUGCGAAGUAUUGGAAAAAUCCAGAAACCUUGGAAGAGCUUGACAGAAUGGACCAAGAUUCCAUUGACAAAAUAAAACCAUGGGAAAAACCAGGGAAAAAGCUGAUCGCAAAUUUGUGGAGAGCUAAUCAUGCAUGGAUUUUCCAUGAGCCUGUAGAUCCAGUGAAGUUAAACAUCCUUGACUAUUUUGAUAUUGUGAAGCGGCCUAUGGAUUUUGGAACAAUAAAGAAGAAACUCAAUAAUAAUGUUUACAAGUCAGGAGAAGAGUUUAUUAAAGAUCUCGAUUUGGUUUUUGAAAAUUGUAGACUUUAUAAUAAGCCAGAUUCAGAUGUCAUAAAAAUGUGUAAUCAAGUCCAAAGCGUGUAUUUAACUCAGAGAACCCAGCUUGGACUUGAUAGCUAUAAGCCUUAA